CCGUUCCCGCCGCCCAUGGCCGCGGCCCUGGGCCCGGCCCCGCCGCCGCCGCCCGCUCGCGCCAUGGAGCGGCCGCCGGGCCCCGAGCUCGGGGCGGCGGGGGACGGACCCGAGCGCCCACGUGGGAGGCGGCGCGGAGGCCCGCUGCCCGGCGAGCCGGCUCGCAGCCUGGCCUGGCAGCCGGGCGGCCCCGAGGAGCCGGAGGGCGGCGGAGGCCCCGCGGAGCGGCCGGGCCUCGGACUGCUCCCGGCCGAGCUGCGCGGCCGGCUGCUGGACCAGGAGGACUACCGCAGCCGCACGCGGGCGGUGGAGGAGCUGCAGCGGGUGCUGGGGGCCCUCAGUCCGGCCGCGGUGGCCUCGGCUCCCUCCCCCGCGCUGCUCGGGCUGCUGGGGCUGCUUUGCGCUCUGCUGGACGACGCCAACUUCGCGGUGGUGCUGGGCGCUCUGGAGGCCGCUCAGCUGCUGGCCCUGCGCCUGGGCGGCCGGCUGCGCGCCUUCCUGGGCCCGCUGGUGGCGGCCGUCGCCAAGGGGCUGGGGGACCCGCGGGCGGCACUGCGGCAGCGCUGCCACCGCCUGCUGCUGCGGCUGAUGGAGGCGGCGGGGCCGCGGCGCGUGCUGGGCCUGCUGCUGCGGAGGGAGCACCUGCGGCACCGCAACGCCCGCGUGAGGGAGGAGGUGAUCGCCGCCUGCAUCGCCGCGCUGCUCACUUACCCCAGCCGGGAGCUGGAUCUGGGCCAGCUGGCCUUCGGCCUUGCCCCGGCGUUGGUGGACGGCAAGCGAAGAGUGCGGCACGCCGCCUUGGAGGCGUUCGCCUUGUUGGCGUCGGCCAUGGGCCCCGGGAAGAGCGGCCUUCUCUUCGAGGCAGUGGACGCUGUGGAACUGGAGGACAACGGGGACGGAGUGAUGCAUGCGGUGCAGGCCAGGCUGGCCAGGAAGAUCCUGCCCCGGCUGGGGGAGCACGGCUUGGUGGAGUACGCGGUGCCCUUGCCUUCGUGCGGCCAGGGCUGCGGGGUGCCGCGCGGGGCAGACACCGAGUGGCUGCUGGCGGGCAGCAGGACGCAGAGCGCGCAGAGCUGCGGGUCCCACCUCGGGGACGCUGUGCAGAACUCUGGCUCACCCGGCGUGACCACACGAAGAGUCCUGAGCGCGGGGAAGGGGAAGAACAAGCUGCCCUGGGAAGCUGAGCGCGGUGGAGACGGGGAAGGUGGAACGGGAGACGUGGUGCCUUUCGCAAAGGGUGUGGAGCAGCUCUCUUCACCUGGUGAUUUCCUCCAUUCUCCAAAGCUACAGCCCUCUCAAGGAGUGCCAGGCAGCGAUGAGAUAUUUUUCAGUAGAAGAAGACCAUCGAGGAAUUUAUUUCAGAAUAGCAUAGAUUUUAAUUCAGAGCAUUCUCCUCUUUGUGCUGGUGCUGUGGGCUCUCAUCAGCCACAUAUUUCAGGGAAAUGUGGAACGCUUGGAUACACGCAGACACGUGGCAAGAGCGGUAGUGUGGACUCUGCUUUACAGUUUUUGGGAUUAAAUAACUGCCAGCAAGACAAAGUUUGUGCCAGCCUAAACUUUUCCGGCAAGACCCAGCGAAGUGUUUGCAGUCAAGCAGAACAUACGUCGUCCUCGCAAGGCGCUGCCCCGAGCCAGGGCGCCUUCAUCCUGCCCUCCUACCCUCUGGCGUCACCCGGGAGCAGCCCCAAGCACCUCUCGUCCCCUGCUGACUCCCCGAAGCAGUCACAAGAGAACACCAUGAGUUUCUCAAACUCCUGGCCUCUUAAAAGCUUCGAAGGGCUGCAUAAGCCGACUUCUCAAAAGCCAAGGGACAGUACAGGGGAGAACAUGCAGGAGAAGCAUUCUCCUCUGCAGCUGAAGCCCACCUUGGUGCGACACCCAGCUUCCCGGCGGGGCCUGACCGGGAGCAGGCCCGUGCCCCCCAUCCCACGCCUUGGCAGCCCGCAGCCCGGCCGGGCCCAGGGCAGAGCCGAGCAGUGCGAGGACACGUGGAUGAGCGAAGCGGGCAGGAAGCUCGCAGCUGAUCUUUCCGAGCUGAAGGUUGAUGACGAGGAAGUGGACCGAGAAGAGAUGCAGAGUUCACUUCGAUCUCUACGAAAUAGCGCAGCUAAGAAGAGGGCAAAGCUAAGCAGUAACUUUGCAGAACUUGACAGUCCUGAUUCUGCUCUGAAGCUCGAUCUGUCUGCAGAUUCCCCUUCUCAUGCUUCCUCCCCAAGCUCCUGUAGCGAAAGUGGAGUUUACAGCCAGGAGUCUCUGACCUCGCCUGUAUCCACGGUCCCUCAGAGAAGGAGAGUAAUGUCAGACACCUUUCCACUGCUGGGAAGCAAAGCACAGCCUGCGAGAAUAUCUUCAGCGAGGAGCAGAGAUGCAAAUGUGGCAGAACAUAACUCUAGUGCAGGGUUCGCAUUCGAUGCUGAAGGCUCUUCUGAUGUCAGCGUAGUUGGCCAACGCUUGCACUGUGGCAAUGGGUGUGGAGAUGAUGAGGACAAGAAGCAAAGAGAAGCGCCACGGACUCUUCCUAAGAGUCAAAAUAUGGAGGAACAGGGAAAUCUUAAGCAUUCAAAAGUGUCGGCAUGUAGCUUCCAGCAGCUGAGCAGCCCGGGUUUCAUUGCCCCAGGUGUCCCGGCUGAAGAUGCGGUCGUAAUCGUUGGUAAAGGUGUGUUUGGAAGUCCUCCUCCUGCACAAGCACAUAGCCAGACUAUAACGUGUGUAGAGAAUGGAGACGACCAGUCUGUGCAGCAGGAGCCUGAGCCAUCACCAGGGUUCCGUGGGAUAAGCAUCAAGCACGGCAGUGCUUCUCAAUUCCAUGUUGAAAAUGAGAGAGAGAUAAAAGUGACCAUGUCAAAAUCUGCCCAGGAUAAGAUGAGGCAGAAGAAAAAGGAAAGAAAGGAACAAAGCCACAAAGAAUAUCAGGAAGUCAAAGACCUUGAUGAAAAAGAAAAAAGUCCUUGGGAAAGACUGAACCUGAAUGAACCGGAGAACACGACAACCGACAAGUUAAAUCUCUCUGGGGAUAUAUUGGCACCAUCGAGAAGUGUGUCAUUGUCAUUAGAAAACGUGGCCCCGAAGCCUUCACUGAGAAGGACUUCCAGUUUGAAGAAGACAAAAUGCUCGGCCCUGCUAGAUUCUGAUGAAAUUUCUCUUGGGCCGCGAGGCCGCUAUAAAGACCGGACCCCAUCGGUCACUCACAGUCCAGAAGUAAUGGAUCCAUCCGAGCUGGAGCCCUUUGCAAAACCAGAGGUGGCCCUGACUGAAGCCCUGGCGCUCCUAGCUGACGACGACUGGGAGAAGAAGAUCGAAGGCCUGAACUUCGUUAGGUGUUUGUCUGCGUACCACGCGGCUGUUCUGACCGUGAAGCUCCAUGAAACGAGUCUGGCUGUGGCUCAAGAGGUCAAGAAUUUACGCUCAGGUGUUUCUCGAGCUGCUGUGGUCUGUUUAGGGGAUUUGUUCACCUACCUGAAAAAGAGCAUGGAUCAAGAACUAGAUAAUACAGUAAAAGUCCUUUUGCACAAAGCUGGUGAAUCCAACACAUUUAUAAGGGAAGAGGUAGACAAAGCACUGAAGGCUAUGGUUAAUAAUGUGACUCCAGCACGUGCACUUUGUUCUCUUAUAAAUGGAGGGCAAAGCCAUCUGCAUACAGCGGUGAGAAGAUGCACAGCCCAGCACAUGUCAGACAUUGUAGAACGUAUGGGACCGGAGUGGAUACUGUGUGGAACCAAAGGUGUCACUGACAGGACUUUCCCUGCCAUUGCCAGGUUUGCACUGGAUAGUUCACAGCAAACAAGGUAUUAUGGUCGAAAGAUGCUUUUCUGCAUGAUGACUCAUCCUGAUUUUGAUAAAACACUUGAGAAGUACGUGCCAGCCAAGGAUUUGCCUUACAUUAAGGAAUUUGUUAACAAUCUACGUCAAAAGGGUUUGGGAGAGAUGCCAUUAGACACACCCUCAGCAAAAGGAAGACGUUCUCAUACUGGUAGUGUUGGACAUUCGAGGUCAUCAUCUACUUCCAGAGAUGCUCUCAACAUCACUGACAGGGAGACUACAGAAGCACGUGAAGUUAGCAGAAAACCAGUUCCACGUAAUUCCCUAGAAAGUGAAGAAUAUGUUAAAGACAUUGUAGGUUUAUUGAAUGCGAAAGACUUCCGUGAUCGAAUAAAUGGAAUUAAGCAACUGCUAUCGGAUACAGAGAACAAUCAGGACUUUGUUGUUGUGAACAUUGUGAAGAUCUUUGAUGCUUUCAAGUCUCGCUUACAUGACUCGAACAGCAAAGUAAAUCAGGUUGCUUUGGAGACAAUGCACAAGAUGAUUCCAUUGCUGAAAGACAAUUUAUCACCAGUUAUCAACAUGCUAGUUCCUGCAAUGGUAGACAACAACCUCAACUCCAAAAAUCCAGGGAUCUAUGCAGCUGCAACAGAUGUUAUUCAGGCUCUGUGUCAACACUUAGACAGCUAUUUGCUUCUGCAGCCAUUCUGCACAAAAGUCCAAUUUCUGAAUGGAAAAGCAAAACAAGACAUCACAGAAAAGCUUGCUGAUCUCGUUGUGGAGCUGUACCCACGGAAGCCUCACGCUGUGGAGCAGAAGGUUUUAGUCGUCCUCUGGCACCUCCUGGGCACCAUGACCAACAGUGGCUCUCUGCCUGGAGCGGGAGGAAACAUCCGGGCGGCCACAGCCAAACUGUCCAAAGCACUUUUUGCACAGAUGGGCCCGAGCCUGCUCACUCAUGCCGCAGCUCAGCCGCCGCACAUCAAGAGGAGUUUGGAGGAGUUCCUGGAGAUAGGCACCUAACCCAGCGGCAUGGGGCCUCGGGCUGGGGGCUGACAGGGCCGGAUGAGAACUGUUGACGUGGGGACACGUGGGACAGCCCUGGGGUUGGUGUUUGCUGGGCUCAGGUGCGGUGCUGUCGGGGUCAGCGCUGGGCCCUGUCUGAGCACUGCGCCUCACACGGAGCCUGCAAGGGAACCCUAGAGGGACUGAUACCUCAUCCAGAACACAGGGUUUAGUAUGGUAGUGGUGAAAACCAUGUAUUUUUUACCCCCCUUGUCCACCCUGUGCAGUAUUAGCGCGCCGUGGCUGCAGCUGGGCACCUUGCGGGCUGGGACAGAACCCUGGGGCAGCACUGCGACUCCAAGGGGGGAGGAAAGCUCCCGUUUCUGCGUGUAUCGCAGCCGCUGUCGCGCCUCCCUCGGCCCUGCUUGGCCAGCCCUGGCCCCGCUGUCGGUGCUGUGUGCGUUUUACACGGGAACUGACGAGAAUAAACGGAUUUAUUUCUGUAA